AUGGGGCAUUUUCUUAAACCGGACGAUACAUCCGAAAUCGAGCCAUUCGAACCAGAGAGCAUAAUCUACACCGGGUCUACAGCUGAGGGCACGACAUCCAUGAUGGGUAGACGAGCAAAACAGAAUCCUGCCAUCGUUAGCAGCACUGAGCCUGGUAACAACAAUAGCCAAAGCACUUCCCGGAUCAGCCAAAAUAAGAAGCUGACAAAACCAAAGCAGAAAACACGAGACUCUGAUUGUUGCAGCAUUAACUUUAUCAAGUAUUCGUUGCACAUAUUCAACACCAUAUUUCUGAUAUCAGGUUUAGUAAUAAUUGGCGUCACCCUUUGGACGAUAUUUUGGAAACAUCAAUACAUUUCUCUUCUAUCAACAACCAAUUAUGUUAUCGGAACGUAUGCUUUGUUGGCCGCGGGUUUGUUAGCGGUUUUUGGUGGAAUUCUCGGAUGCUGUGGAGUAUGGCACGAGCAACGAGGAGUGUUGGUAUUGUAUACGUUUGUUCUACUGAUCGUGUUCCUGCUAGAAUUCAUUGUGGGCGGGUUAGCUUAUCUUUACGAAACGCAAAUCGAGACGGAGCUGCAGUACACCCUGAAUGCAACAUUCAUCGAGCACUACGGUGUGAGUGAACAGCAAACAAACGCUAUCGACAGCCUACAGCAAGAGUUUUCCUGCUGCGGUGCUAUACGAUUCGAAGAUUGGCGACAUAGUGUGUGGUUGCGGUCACGACGCAAAGAUCUGAUAAAACCAACCGAGGGUCGUUUGGUGCCAGAUUCGUGCUGUAUAACUGUGGUUGCAAAGUGCGGUCUACGUGAUGGUCCUAGCAAUAUUCACUAUACGGGCUGCAUAUACGAGAUGACGGAUGACCUAAAAUAUCAUUUGAUAAUUCUGGGUGCCAUCGGGCUCGGGUUAAGCGUGAUACAGGUAUUCGGUAUGGUUCUCUCUUGCUGUUUGUACGUGAAACUCAAAAAUGUACUCGACUGA